CUAUAAUGACGUUUAUGAUUUUGACAGUACCAAAAUUCUUUUACGUCAGGCUUUCAUUUCCGAUAGGACUUUGAAAAGCAGAUAAACAUUUUGCUAAAAUAAAAAUGGUCAAGGCAAAACGUGAGAAACGCAACAAAUCCGCCAUCAAUGAAGUGGUGACUCGUGAGUGCACCAUUCACUUGUCCAAGCGUGUGCACAAUAUUGGAUUCAAGAAGCGUGCUCCCCGUGCUAUCAAGGAAAUUCGCAAAUUUGCCGAAAAGGAAAUGGGUACCAAUGAUGUUAGAAUCGAUACCCGCUUGAACAAGCACAUCUGGUCCAAGGGUAUCCGAUCCACUCCAUUCCGUGUGCGUGUACGCUUGGCUCGUCGUCGCAAUGACGAUGAAGACUCCCCCAACAAAUUGUAUACAUUGGUGACUUUUGUUCCCGUUCCCACUUUCAAGAACUUGCAAACUGAGAAUGUUGAAUCCAACGACGAUUAAACAAGUUGCACCUCCCAUUCCAAAGUGUAUUGCCAGUUGGGGCAAUAUAUUUUGUUUGGCUAGGAUUUGAUAUUUGUUUGUUCUAAAACGGGCCUAGGUUAAAGAAAAAAAAUGAAAAAUGGAAGAUGCAAGAAAUACACAAAUCGACCAAAAAUAAAAUAGUUUUUAUUUUUUACAUUAA